AUGGCAAGGCAUCACGAGGAGCGAGUCAAGAAGGCCAAGAAGUAUGCCCGCAAGGAGGAAGUGCGCAAGUUCUUUUGUAGAAGGUCAAUACCUCCCGGUGAGCCACUGUUGGACGAACAACUAGUUAUUGGAAAGGUGAUCCUAGUACAUAUGCAUCGGUUGGGGCUGUCUAGGAAAGUCGAAUUUGAAGCGGAGGAGGUAAAGUAUGUGUCAGCGACCAAAUUAGAAGGGGACUGUAUCGGCGCGGAGUCUGUGAAUGUAACAUCAGUGCUUCUGCUUUUACAAAGCUCACCCGACCGAGCAGUCAUUGACAUGUUUGAAAAACGUCGUUCAGCACACUAUCACGGCUCGAUAAAAACAGGUCAGCCACCAAACAAGAAGAAAUUGUUCAUCGGGACACUCCGUGUUAAUGACAGGGCGUAUGGACGACCAGCGGGCACCAACACUGAGUUCAAUGUCUUUUCCUUGGCUGCAUUUACUUGCAAAAUUGAUGCGCUCACCAGUGACCCCCGUCGCAGUUCCUAA